AUGCUCGACAACAUUUCCCAGGCCUGUAUCGAUGUUCUCAACAUCACUAAUGGUCUCACGGUCAAGCAAAUGAUCCACUCGAUCGAAAGCAAUUAUCCAACUGUGGAUUUGUCGCCUAAUCCUUCGAUUCUGGUGGCUGCUCGCAUCAAUUCUUACAUCCGACGGCUGGAAUUGGGCCAAUUGGACACAGACUCCACGUUUGUGCAAAAAAAGCUGUCCGACAACCACCCCAAGCGAAUGAUCUACACCAUCAUUGACCGUCCUGAGCCUGAGGAGAUUGAGCGGGAGCGACGAGAGCGGGAGAAGGAAAAGGAGCGAAAGAGGGAGCGAGCUGGAGGACGGGACACUGCGGAUGCGACUUCCAAUAAACGACGACGAUCCUCUAACGAAUCGAUCAACACAAACAGCGAGGAGGCUGAAGAGGAGGAGGUUUCACCAAUCCAGUCUACCUUCCCUAGCCCCUCGUCUCCUCUGUACAUGACCUCCCCACAGCGAUACUCAUUCCACCUGCCGUCGGACGAUGAUCUCUCUUCUCUGGACGACUCUGAUGAUGAGGAGUCUCGUCUGGAGGUGUCUUCCACCGCGGCAACCACUCCUAUUAAUCAGGACGACGAGGAUGAACAAGAAGAAAUCAAAAUGGCACCCAUCAUGACCCACGUGACCCCCAAGCAGCGUGGGCUCGACCAGACUCUUGCCCCUUCCCCCGAUCUCUCUCUGGAUAUCACCAAACUCUUCAACCCAUACUACGACACCCUUAAAGAGCCCCAUCAUGCAGGUAUUGGUCAUCUUGGCUGGAUCAAUGAUGAAGAGGAUGUUGGAUGUCCCGAGGAGAUGAGCCUAGGCGACCUGGAGGAAUGGGUUAGAUAG